AUGGUGCACUCCGGCAACGAUUCAGUUGCCACUUUUCUCACUUCCGGGGAAGAAGUUAAUGCUAAGAACCUCGCCAACAGUUGUAUUUAUAUUCAGCCAAAAUCACCGACCACUUACCUCUGCAUGACCGGUCUGAUUCCUUUGGAUAAACAACAUAUGCAGAUCUUGGCCAAGCUUUCUGUCAAAAAGUUCGAACUGAAUCAAUUGAUGGACACGGACUUUUCGAAAGAUUGA